GACGAUUUCCUGGGGAAAGUUCUGUGCGAAUGCUGGAGCAGCCUAGGGGCUCGCGCGUGGGGGGCCGACGGGGAGCAUGAGGAGCAGUGGCGGCGGCGGCUCUCGCGCAGGUUCUGCCGGCUCCAAACUCAUCGACAUGAACAGCAACACAUCGUUGCUGCCCUCACCUGUCUCUGCGGCAGGGUCGCUAGUCCCAGAGGCCCUGGAUCAGCACAACAUGCUGAAAAAUGAAGUAGAACGAAGAGAUAUAUUGCCAGCAGAAAGAAACCAAGAAAUAACAGAGACACAAAAGGGAGCUUAUAAUUAUUUUAUCUUGGAUAUUCCUGUCACCCGAGAACAACUAUUUCACUAUCGGAAUGCAGCAGAAACAGCCCGUAGUGAGCUUGCCGCUCUCCUGGUGAAGUAUGAAUGUGCUCAGGCAGAACUUCUAGAUCUUAAAUCCAAAAUAGCCUCUAAAGAAGUAUCUAUCCAGGAGCUGAAGGCUGAAAUUGAGAGCUAUAAGGAAAAUGAUGCCCGGCAAUCUUCUCUGCUUUUCUUUAUACAAAGUAGAGUCCAAGAGAUUGAGAAGGAAUCAGGUAUAAUUUCUGUUUCUAAAAAACAAGCGGAUCUAAAAGCAGAGACCUUGUUCCACGAGAACGUAGAACUGAAGAAGACAAUUCAUGAACAAGAAGGGCAAAUCAGACAAUAUUUGAAAGAGUCUGAAGAAAACAAGAUCCAAGCCUCUAAAGCCAGAAGUGAACAUGAUGCAUUUAUAGUGUAUCUUUGUCAUUUCUUUGACAUAAGAGGGAAAGAAGAGCUGCAAGAACUUCUGCUUUCAAAGAUUAGUGGCAUACAAAAAGAAAAUGCUGUGUUAAAAGGACAAAUUGCCACACUUGAGGAGGCCAUUAAUGUACAUGAGAUGGAAUCGAAAGCCAGCAGAGAAACCAUCAUGAGGCUCGUUUCAGAACUGAACCAAGAGCAGAAGAACUCAGCAACCUGUUCUGAAGACAUGGAAAAGCUAAGCCAUGAUCUAAACAGCACUUCAACAGCCAAGCAGAGUCUGGAGAAGGAGGUCAGAAGCCUCCAAGAGAGGCUGGCUGCAUGCCAGAGGGCUUGGGAAGUCUCACAAGAAGAACUGAGCUACGUAAAGAGAUGUUCUAACAAAAAAGAAGAGAGUCUGAAAAGCUGCAUAGAGGAGGCUAGGGCAGGAAAAAAUCUGCACAAUGCAUUUAAAGAGAAAAUCAUUACCCUACUCCAGAGCAAAUGUAACACAGUCAGUCCAUCUGAAGAGUUCAUUGUGGAGACAAUUCGUGAAAUGUGCCAUGCAGAGGAGAGCAAAAAAACAAUGGUGUGCCAGCUGGAGGCCCAAACAGCCAACCUGACUGAGGCACUCAGGACUCAGAAUGCAUUGCAAGAGGACUUUUUGCAAAGAGCCAAGAAAGCAGAAAACAAAUCAGAAGCUCUUAACAAUCAGUUGCUGCAUCUGGAAGGCGAGCUGGUGUCUGAGGGUGUAACAUGUGAUGCUUUGAAGCUGGAGAAACAAAAAUAUCUUAAGUUUUUGGAUCAGCUUUCUGGAAAGAUGAAUCUGGACAGCAUGGCUGCUGAUAUUGGGUUUGACAUGAGGAUGGAUGCAGUACUGGCACGGACAGAGCAAUUGAUCAAAUUGGAAGGAGACACAUUGACUGAAAAUAAAAUCAUAGCACGCAGUCUGCAAAGGAAGUUGAAAACUCAGAAAGAGCAGCUUGAUAGUAAAGAUCUACAUAUGAAACUUUUGCAUCAGAAGAUAAUUCAGCUGGAAGAAGAGAAGCAAGUACGCACAGCCCUGGCCGUGGAAAGAGAUGAGGCUAACCUUACAGUUCGAAAGUUACAAAAGAAGCUGGAGAGGUUGCAGAAAGAACUCAGCUUGGCAAGAGAAACAAAUACUGAGCUGAAAACAAAACUGGCUGACACCAACGAACUGAAGAUCAGAACACUGGAGCAGGACAGAACAAUUGAAGACCUAAGCAAAUCUCAAGAGAAGAUGGAAAAGAUUAAGGCAAAGACUGAGAAGCAGCUUACUGCAGUGAAGUCAGAGUUACAUAUUGCAGAGCGAGAAGCAAAGGAGGAUAAAGAGCGAGCUAAAAACAUCCUGGAAUCUGUUACCAAUGAAUUGAAAACCCUUAAAACUACCCUAGACGAAGUAAUGAAGAGAGAGAGACAGCUGGCAGACUUCAGAGACGUGGUCUCCCAAAUGCUGGGCCUCAAUAUUGCUACUAUGGCUCUUCCUGACUAUGAAAUAAUUACUCGCUUAGAGAGAUUGAUCUGUUCUCAUCAGCAUCACUUUGUUCCAUGUGUGUGCUUCAAAGACAUGGCAAUACGGCAUGACGGAUCACUGCAACUUCCUCACUAAGUACUUCUUCUUUAUAGCAGAAAUGAAGACGCUGGAACCUCUCUCCUGGAGCUUUCCUUCUCUUUGCUAGUAUAACUGGUGGUUUAAAUAAUCUGACGCAGAGCAAUUUAGCUAAAAUGUAUAGUGCCUUUAAUGAGACAGCUUAAAAGAAAGAUCAAUAUUACUUUUACUAAGGUGAAAUAUCCUAAUAAACAAUAUAUUGUUAGAA